AUGAGAACCACAUGAGCUCUGACCCUGCAGCCAUGGAACAUGCUUUCAGGUUUGAAGUUUUAGAGUAAAGUCAGCAAUGUAAGGCUAGUCUUUAAAAGAGGAGUGCAAGUUUGGAGAAAAGUUCAGAAGUUGAGGAGAAGAGAGCUUGGUUUUAUAUUUCUUUGUGAAGAAAUGGCUGAAGAAUUUAGAAAUUUUAAGAUCGAAAAAGAAGCCGGUAUUCAUCGGAGCAUGGAAGAACAGCUUGAAUCAUUGAAGACACACUUGUUCGAUAUCAUUAAUCGAGAGCAAGCGAAAAGGCCUUUCGAGGCAUCGUUGAAGGAUCCCGAUGUCGAAGAUGCGGAACUUCUGUCUCUCAACUUAGGAACAAGUUACAGUGGAAUUAAGAAGGAAGAGAAGACAAGUGCAUGCAUGAAGAACAAAGAAGAUGGCCUUAGUUUAGGUUUAGAACUAAUUAAAUCUGAACAAGAGCCUAUACAAGCAUGGAAUUCACAACAGACUUGUGCUAAGAGAGCCAGGGUUUCAGUGAGAGCAAGAUGUGAUGCUCCAGUGAUGAAUGAUGGAUGCCAAUGGAGAAAAUACGGCCAGAAGACCGCGAAAGGAAACCCCUGCCCUCGAGCUUAUUACCGAUGUGCCGGUGCACCAGGAUGUUCAGUGAGGAAACAAGUUCAGAGAUGUGCUGAAGAUAUGUCGAUACUGAUCUCGACCUAUGAAGGCACUCACAACCAUCCGCUUCCAGUCUCGGCGGCGACCAUUGCAUCUACUACCUCAGCGGCUGCCUCCAUGCUCAUGUCUGGUUCAUCGGCUUCCUCCCCGGCCUUUGAUACAUGUUUUAGCAACUUAAACUUCAGUUCAUUGGAUAAUUUAAGAUCAUCACCACAGCUUUCACUUGCUAGACCCUCAUUCUCUUCCAAUCCUACAAUCACAUUAGAUCUCACUGCACCACAAUCCACCUUAAGUUCUACAAAGCCAUUCUUUGAGAACCAAAUUGGAACUUUAAGCCUUGGUGUGCAGAAUCAAAAUUUGUUUACUGAAUCUACUACGAAGAGUAUUAUGUCGAGUCCGAGCUUUCGAUCAGCAUUGGCAACUGCAAUCGCUUCAUAUGUUGGUGCUCAUGGUUCUGAUAAGCUUCUGAAUAGCAGCAGGAAUACGAACUCGAUGAUUCUCCAGCCACAACCGAUGACGUUGUUCGGUGCUAAGUGUGCCUCUGCUUCUCCUUUGGACUCCAUGGAAAACACCAUUUGAAGGAAGAAGCUUAAAAAAAAUUUUAUAGCAUGAGGUUUCUGUAUGUUAAAUAAUUAUUGCCUGUGUGAUAUAUUUGUUUGAUACUGAAGAUAGAGGUUCAUUCAGGCAUUUCAUCAAACACUUUCUCCUAGCACGUUCUGCAGCUGUUUGACGAAAUGCUUCCACUGCUAGUGCAGUUUCUAGUUAUUAUUAUUAUUAUUAUUAUUA